AAAAGUGUUCAAGCGAACAAAGUCAGAUUUAAAACCAUCAUUUUUCAAAUUACAUGACGUUAUGAAUAUUGUUCAUUUAUAACGAAAUAGGUGUGAAAAAAAGCAGACAUGAGUUUCUAUGAAUAAUUAUACAACUUUUCAAACCCACGCAAAAAUAACAGUUGAAAUUCUUGCAUGCCAUUUCCAUUCCGGAACGUACUUUAUAUAAGCUUUCGUUUCCGUUUACCGCCCACUUUCGAUCUUACAAGUUUAUAGAGAAUGCCUCUAACGGCCCAUUCCCUAGCUACCGAAACCCAAAACAAGACAGACGUUGCCAAUGACGCUGCAAACCAAGACGCCACCAAAAUAAAAGAAAAAAAAUGGUGGAAAUUAAGUUCAUCCAAAAAGGUGGAAGUUAAACCUGUUUUUAACGACAUCAAAGAUGUCUUAGAGACACCAGAGGAGCUAUCUCACAAGGCCGGACCAGAAACAUGCACACCAAAGUCACCAGAAAAAACCAGAGAAAACGGAAACAACAACCCAGAUGCUGACGCUGAUAUUGAAAAUGAAAAGCCUACUAGAACGGAGGGGAAAAAGUGGUGGUUUAUUUUUUCAUCCAAAACCAAGAAAACGAAAACUAUUUCUGGCGAUACCAGACAGCAGCGAGAUGGACAGAAGAAGAAAAAAUGGUGGAAAUUUUUUUCAUCCAAAACCAAGACAGUUGAUUUAACUUUAGAUCAACCAAAGACUGAAUGCGUAUUGGAAACACAAAUAUGUGAGAAGAAGUUUCUAGAGCCACCAUACAAUCCCAUCUACCUAUCCCUAAUGCUACUGAGCAUCAAUGGGUUGGGUGUAAAUAUGUUCAUUGACUCAGGUUGCCAUGCUUCAUUUAUUACCGAAAGUAUGUGGAAGCAGAUGGGGAAGCCAAAAUUAGAACCCCCUGAGUAUAAAUUGAAAUCUGGGAUUCUGGGCGGUGGCUUAAACUUAAUUGGACAUUUUAUGGCCACAGUCCGAUACCGCCAUAGAGAAUUUAAACUACCACUGUUGGUGACAAGCCAAUCGAAUCGGUUUAUCGAAUUUCAUAACUUAAAUAUCCUAGGACGAGUAUGGCUGUGUUGUAUUAAUUUGGACUGGAACAGAUUUUUCCAUACAGACUGGAACAAGGUUAUGUCUCCAGUUAAUGUAGAUUUUCGAUAUGAAACUACAAAUAUGAUGAAGUUAGCCUUGGAAUUAAAAUCUUGCUGUAACAGUCAAUGCCCUUCCAUCAAAGUAAGGAUGGAAGGUGUGGACAUAAAAAUGUUCGUAGACACUGGCAGCUACGAUUCUAGUAUCGGUUGGAGUGUAUGGAAAGCUUUAGGAAAACCAAAGCUUGAAAAAACGAAAACAGUUCUCAUCGCUCCCAACGGACGAAAGACAGGGGUGAAAGGAACAUGCUUUGUCAACGUGGAGUAUUCGGGCCAAAAAUGCUUCUUGCCUUUGCUUGUAUAUCGUCGUAGGAAGUAUACCGAUUCCCUCGCACAAAUUGGAAGAAAUUGGUUUCACUUGUUACGAAUCGACUUUAAUUCAUUGUUUGAAAGGAUUAAUUAUUGUAAAAAGAAAACACGUAAUCAAGCAAAUAAACCAAAGGGGUCCCACAAAUACUCAGAAAACAUCUGCAGACGCUGUUAUACUGUUUGGGAUCCUGAAGUCUAAACUUGAUCAGAAAACAAUGAACGUCAAUAAAGACAGCAAGAGGAAACGGCAAUCAUAAACCCGAUGGCAACAAAGACUAUUUACAUCGUAAAUUACCCAAAAUGUGCUUAUUCUUUUCACACUGUGUUUCUUCGCUCUCGCCACGUCGCCAGCAAGUGUGUGCAAUGAAGCGAUAAGCUAGACUCCAAUGUAAAGUUGCCAAUUGAAAGCGUCAGCAACCGUUGUGGCAUUUAGCGGUUGCUGCGGCCUGACACGCAAACUUUGCCUUCAUUUUGUUUUAAAAAAAAACCUUUCUCCCUUUUUUUGUUUGUACAAUAAAUAGAUGCGAAAUAUUGAAAAUAAAAUAAAUGAAUCAAACAUUAGCUUUUUAUUGUUUUGGCCAUUUUUUAAAAAUAGAUAUUGAAAAUCGGCUUCCGGUAUGACGUAACGUCUGGAAAUGGUGAAUAGUGUGACCGCCUUAUAUUCACGGCAAUCGCAACAUAGAGUAGCGACGCGGAACCGGAUAAUGUAAUUCCUUUUCUUCUUCCAUAUUCCUUUUCGCUGAAAAGCAUGGUGCGUUUCAGUGAACGAACGGGAAUCAAAAUUUCAAAUUUUUACCCACUUUAUUCCGCUAAACCGUCACGCCUUCAAAUAUUGUUCAUAUUACGCAAUCAGGAUGACGCCACCGUGACGGCAGCCAUGCCUGUACGAGCUGUAAAGGAGCCGAUCUUCUAGCUAGGCACUCAUCAAGUAUCAAAACUCCUAUAUAUGGAACGUGAUGACUGGUGAUUUUUGCAUGCAGCUAUAAAAGGAUGGCGAAUAGAAAAAAAAACGUAGCCAUCAGCAGAUAAAAGCCCUGAACAUGUAGAACGAUGAAGAAUAGAAAGAGAAAAUAACACUUACAGGGGCAAAAUAUAAUCGAAGGAUGUAAAACGCCAUGUAUAGACUACGCGGACCGUUGGUGGGCAUCAGUAGACGAAGAAUGAGAAGAUAUAAAGGGACAGCUAAAAAGCAGAAAGAUUGUGUUUUUUGUUUUUUUUGUGUUUUCAUUUUCCAGUUUGGAUGCUUCUUGUUUUGUUUUCUUGGUUGAAUCUUGUGGCUUUUUGGGCUUUUGGCUGGUUAUACAUAGUACAUGUCGCGCCGCGACGAGCCGACGACCGACGACAACCAAAAAGGUGAAAACGGCGCCACCAUACUCUAGAAAAAAAAAAGAUAUUCUCUACUCUCUCGUCUUCUUUUUAUUUGAGUGUGUGUGGGUUAGUUGUUUCCGCGAGACACACAUGGUAUGGAUACUGUGGCACCAGACCGGCUACAAUAUGCUCUUUACUGGUGUCAGCUCUUGUUUUCUGCUUGUCUUCUUUCUGUAUUUUCAUUUAUUCAUUUUUGUUGUUGUUGUUGAAAUAGA